GGAAGUGGACUAAACCACCAAAAGAUUCCCGCAGAUUCGGUAUCGAUUGUCCCAAUGUUACAAACGUGUUCACACUGACCUAAACUUUUCUUUAAAUACUUUUUGUGGGAUAUUUGAGACGAUAAUGCUGGAUGGUUGCGCUCAUGAAAUUCACCAGAGACAUAUGCAGGCUGUUGGGACUCGGGAGCGGUACCCCUGUCCAGCAGCAGGAGGAACAGAUGCAUUGUGGUGCCGCAACUGACCCAAGUGAUAAUGCCACUUUGUCACAGGUUGCAUUAAAUGGAGAGCUGGAUUUGAGUGAGGAGGAGAAGGUCAGACAGAGGGCAGAGCGACGCAAAGCCAAGAGGAAGCGCCGUCGAAAACGUAAGAAGCAGGAGCAGGUGAAGCAAGAUGAGAGUGCUGAACGGGAAGAUGAAGAUGAGGAUGGAGGUGCAGAGUCUGAACUGGACGAGAGCGAGUCAGAAGCAGAAGUUGGUGCUGAAGAGGAGAAACAAAGAGUGCAAAAAGAGAAGGAAAAGGACGGACACUCGGCUGCCUCAAAUAAGUGUGUUGCCGCUCCUCUCAUGGCUCCUUCAGGAAUGAAAGGACAUCAGAAGACCCAAGCCAGAUCCACUGAAGAGGAGCCAGAGUGGGAUGUGAGCAGUGCCUUCUUUGCUAAUGCUGCUAGCCAUAUCAAACCCAAAGGAUCAAGUCGCAAGUCCAAAGAAAACAAGGAGAAUGAGGCCAGGAGAGAGACAAACGGAAUUGACAACAUGACCAAGAAAAGUGCGUCACUGACAGAAAAGGGGAUAAAGUUGGUGCAAGAGGGCCAGUACACACAAGCAGUCAGUAUGUUUACAGAAGCCAUCAAAUGUGACCCAAAGGAUUACAGGUUCUUUGGGAAUCGUUCCUAUUGCUAUUACUGCUUGGAGCAGUACCCUCAGGCCCUGGCAGAUGCUGAACGCUCCAUUCAGCAGGCCCCAGACUGGCCCAAAGGACAUUUCCGCAAGGGAAGUGCUCUCAUGGGCAUGAAGCGGUACAGUGAGGCAGAGAGGGCUAUGGAGCAGGUGCUGAAACUGGAUAAAGACUGUGAAGAGGCUGUCAAUGACCUAUUUAACUGCAAAGUGCUGCAGUUAAUGGAGCUCGGUUUUGAAGAAGUUCAAAGUGUCCUACUGCUGGAGAAAUUUUCAACUGUGCAGGCUGUUCUGGCAUCUUGUUCUGAUGCAGCCAGGGGUAUAACCACAUCUGGAAGCCAAGAUCCAUCAGUUGUGCUGCCGGGAAGCCCUUGCCCAUCUCUGUGGGUGGGAAAUGUGACAACUGAGCUAACAGAGAAACACCUGUGGGACCUUUUUAAAAUGUAUGGAGAGAUAGAGAGUAUCCGUGUGCUACAUGAGAGAUUCUGUGCUUUUGUCAAUUUUAAGAAUGCAAACAUGGCAGCUCAUGCCAUGGAAAAACUAAAUGGUUUUUGUAUUGAGAACACACGUUUAGUGGUGCGCUAUCCUGACCGUCGCACUCAGAGGGUCCUUCCCAUUCCACUUAAGACCUGUCUCUCUUUCACACAGCAGGCAGGAGCAGCUGCUGGACCUCGACGACGUGGCCCAGUGAAUGGAGACGAGUGUUACUUUUGGAGAACCACUGGCUGCCAUUUUGGAGACAAAUGUCGCUACAAACACAUUCCUGAUCAGAAAGGCAAGGACAGGAAGCCUUGGCAGCCUUGAACUCUGCUUUCUUUCUGCCCCAGUAGUGUGCAGGAAACUGGGAUGCCAGACUGAGCCAAAGGAGCUGGCGCAUACUGGACCAGGUUCUCUGGGCUGAGAAUACUUAGUAUUGCAGAGUGGAUCAAAGCCAGCACUCAGGCUUUAAGGCAGGGAGAGGCACACAUGUGCCACAAAGGACUGGGAGCAUCAAGGUUUUCAUUUCAACCAAAGACAAUAUUGAACAAUAUUGGUGUUGUCUUUGUUUUGAAUGAAAACCUUUAUAAUCGCAGCCCUUCAUGGCACAUGGUGACCUAAUCCCGCUUUAAGGGAUACAACCAAACCUCACAGGCCAACAACAUAACGAAGAACUGAAACUGCCUUGGUCCACUAUUGAAAAUACAAAAUAAUGACUCUGUUGUGUACAGCAGUAAUGAAAGGACUCUGGAUUUUUCUGACCAUCAUCAUCUUUGGUGAUGAUCCUGGAUAUCUUCCUUCUUUAGAAAUUCCAACACAAAGCAGUGCUUCUCCCCAUUUUAAUUACAGUGACUUGAGAAUACUUUAACUUGCAGUUUGUGAAUAGUUUAGGUUUAUCCUUGGCCCACAACUGCUCACGAAUCUGCGGUUCAUGCCGUCUGCCAUUUGUUGUUCCUGCACAAAUAUCAGCACAUUGUCCACCAGACCAAAGACUUCCCAACAUAUGUACUUGACAUUUUAAUCCCUCCCCUGUGUAGAUGAGGUUUUUCUUUUAGCCAAUAAGCUACAGAGGCCCAGAGAGGUGACAUAACACUGUGCUAUGUAACUUUAGUUAAGAUGAUCAUUGGUGGGUACAUAGACUUGAGGGAGUGCAAAAUGACGUGUUAAUGCAUGGAUUUAUUAUCUUUACCUAUUAGCUGACAGUCAUGACAAGUUAUGGGGGACUCAUUUCCAUCAUAACUAUACAUAGGGGUUAGAAGUAGUCAUGGAAAUGCCUGACAGUAUCGUGCAGUCCAGUUGCAUAAAUACUACCUUUAUAAAUGCUGUAGUGUUCAGUUUUUUGUUAGACUGUGCCAGAGAGGCCACAGUUUGUUGUAUUGGAUUGCAUGAAAUGUCAGGUGUGAAGUUCUUCAGUUUUAGAUGUGGCAUUGAUCUGCAAAUGUGAAUAGCCUUCCUAAGUUUUUAUCUGAGCAUUAGAAUAUGCUUUCUUGGUACAUCUGCAUAGCACUGCAGUGCUUUAUGUCUAUGCAAAAGAGCCAUGCUGACUCGGCAGCCAGACAGACAUACACACACCUACCACCUCUGGCAGAUGUUGUUGAUGUUCAUGACAGACAUGUUGAUGUCAUUGACAAACAAGUUUAUACUACAGGAUACUGCCUUACAAACAUUCAUGCUCAGUUGUGCACACACACAUUCAUGGCCACGUGUCUAACAUAAUCCACUUACUGAACUUUUGAACCUUGAAAAGCAGUGUUUUUGACCGGGGGGGGUCUCCAUUUCAGUAUUUCAGUAAACCAAAGAAUGCUUUAUCUGAAGAUUCAGCACAGACAGCAGCCUUAUUCUUUCAUGAGUUUCAACACUAGACAGUGCAUUGAAAUCUAUCGACAUGUAUUUAUAUCAUUCACUAGAUAACAAUUACCGCUACAACACCUGGUUUAAGUCCACACUACGUUCACUAAACUAUGCACAGCAUAAUGAGAGUAUUUAUUUUCCUAUUUAUACCUAUGUGUUUUAUUUCUAUUUUUUACAACAUACCUUAGGAACCGAAUACAGCUUUUAAUUUACUGGUCUUUUCACUUUACGGUAGGUUACAGAAAUGUAUUUUCUGUGAGCCUCCUCUUCUGUUUAUUUCUGGCCUUAAGAGACAAGCAUUAUUAAGAACAAUUUGGUGCAAACACGGUCAUGUUUCACUUCUACUUUUCUCAAAAUACUUUCAGUCUUGUGGCUAAAACUUGUGAAAAGGGAAUCUGACACAAAACCUUAACCUUGCACUUAACAAACUAUUUGACUGGUGCUGUUUACUAUGGUUGCACAGUGCAUUUCAUUUUGCAGACUAAUGAAGUGCAUUGGAUGUUGCCUUAGAAUAUUUUCAUGUAUUCUUGUGAAUAUUUCAGAAUUGAACAAAAUAAUUGCCUGACUUUAAUUGUAUCGAUUUGGUAUGCUUUUAUUAGUUUUACCUUGUUUCAAACUAUUUCAGGAAAUGUACACAUUGAUAUCCACAGCGCUGCAAUCCUGUUAAUCUUUCAGAUAUUUUGUAUUCUCGUUACAGCACUGCAAAAAAGUCUUUUCUAUUUAAUAAAUAUAUUUGAACCACC